CGAUCGAGACGGACGUCUCCCUAUAGCUAACAACAUCCAAAUAUUACGUAUAAAUAGUUCAUUACGACUCGGAACUUUACGAUUAUCGUUGUUAAAGUCGCGUGUGACUAAGUGGAUAUGACAAUCUCAAGCAGGAAUAUAUAAUCUGUGAUAUGUGAUGCAGCUGUUUACAUAAAAACUUCAUGAGGAUGUAUGUGUUAUUGGCGAUAAUUAGUUUACUUGUAAAAGAAUCACUGUUACUAAGAAUAGUUCGAGUAUCAAUUCCAACAUAUCGCGUGAGAGGACAGCCGGCACAGUUGGAGUGUGACUACGAACUCGGUUCGGACACUUUAUAUUCGGUGAAAUGGUACAGAGAUAACGAAGAAUUCUACAGGUACAUGCCGAAGUUCGACCCACCGAAGCAUGCAUACAAAUUAGAAGGGAUCAAAGUUGACCUCCAAAAAUCAGAUGACCGAAGAGUGGUUUUGCAUCAGCUGAUGUUAAAAUCCAGCGGCGUGUACAGAUGCGAAGUUUCCGCAGAGGCGCCUUCGUUCGCAUCUGCUGCCGAUGAAGGCAGAAUGGAAGUAAUUUAUCUACCUAGAGAAGGACCUAGAAUAACUGGCAACGAACAAGAAAAUCGAAGAGGGGACACAAUGUUUUUGAAUUGUACAUCGGGUCGAUCAUAUCCAGCUGCUGUCCUUAGUUGGGAUAUAGAUGGCGAAAAGGUGACAGAUCCAGAUAUGCUAGUGGAGUUUCCACCGAUGCACCACUCACAUGGCCUGGUAUCCACAGCUUUGGGACUACGUGUCCCAAUCGGCCGGUCUAUGGAAGUCCGGUGUACAGCACGAGUAGCGCCCGCGUGGCGCGAAGGCAGUGAAGCCGUGGUGGGGAAUAGCCAACUUGCUGAGAGUAAAGAGGCUAUGCUACUGGUGAGGAGUUCAAGCGAAGCGCCCGCGUUAAGCGUAAUGCUGUUAGCACUUUGCCUACUUGUAUCUUUUAGUUUGCUAACACAAUCGGAAACGUGAUAAAUUAUCUUUGAUUUUGUUAACGGAAUGUGAUUAGGUGAGCAUGGCUCUCAAUUUAUUUUAUAGACUGGUGACUAAUCAGGUUUUUUACAACUUAGUUUAAUUAGAUCUAUCGACCUGUUAAAAAUUUGACUUAUCAUGUUUCUUUUACAGAUAAUCUAUA